AUCUCUUUACCUCUCUCUCUCUCUCUCUCUCCUCUUCUCACUUUGGCUUAACCCAAGUUGUUCUCUCUCGUUUCUAGCGACGGCUUUGGUUCCCUCUGCGUCUAUCAUUUGGAGACAUACAGAGUUUUUUCAGAGAUUAGGGUGUGGGGUGUGGGGUGUGAAUUGUUGAGUAGAAGAUGAACUCUUCCAGUGGAGCUUCUUCAAAGCAGAAAGCUGGAGCCUCACAACCUCCUGAAACUUCGUCUAAACGCAAACGAGGAGUCUUUCAGAAAGAUUUGCAGCAUAUGAUGUAUGGUUUUGGAGAUUGUUCUAACCCUCUACCGGAAAGCGUGGCACUUAUGGAGGACAUAGUUAUGGACUAUAUCAUAGAUUUGGUACAUAAAGCGCAAGAUACUGGUUCAAAGCAGGGAAAGCUAUCAGUUGAGGACUUUCUUUACUUAAUGCGGAAGGACUUUCGAAAGCUUAACCGAUGUUCAGAAUUGCUAUCGAUGAAUGAAGAGCUAAAACAAGCAAGGAAAGCUUUUGAGACAGAUGAAGAGAAGCUAAGGAAGGCUUUUGAGGCAGAUGAAGAUAAUAAGUUGGUGGGUUCAACGGAGUGAUAAAAGAGGGCUAUGUUCUCGCAGCUUCAUGAUAGCUAUUGAUGAAUGAUGCUCUGUGCUGGUCCUAUUUGUUAAGGAUACGACGAACAAGUUACAUUUUGUUGUGGAGGUAGAAGAGGCACAAAGCAUUGUUAAGAAUUUAGAUUUGAAUAUGUGAGCGACUGUAAUUUGGUUGGUGAUAUUGAUAAGUUUCUAAAAAAAAAAAAGGUUAUAUAUCUUUUUGGACUCUGUA